UUUAAACAUGAGUAUCUGUACUUCUACUUGAGCGAAGGAUGUGUGUACUUUUGCCAUCUCUGCCUUGGUGCCUCCGUGGUCUCCUGGUUCUGUGUGUGGUGUCUCCUCUCUCCUGCCUGCCCCCGUCCCCCUGCCCUCCCGGCUGCUGCUGCCCCCGUCCCGGCCUCCUGGUCCUCUGUGAGUCCCUGGGCCUCCGGGCCCUGCCUCGCUCCGUGCCUCUCAGCACCUCUGUCCUCUCCGUGGCCCGGAACCAGCUCUGCAACGUGGACCACCUGCUGCGCCGCUUCUCCGGGCUGCAGGAGCUCAGCCUGAGCCACAACCAGCUGGGCCGCUUCCCCCGGGGCCUGCCGCCCAGCCUGCAGCGCCUCCUGCUGGAGGACAACCGCAUCACCUACAUCACCUCCGGAGCCCUGCGGCAGCUGGGGAACCUCACCCGCCUGGACCUGGAGGACAACCGCAUCCGGGCCAUUCAGCCAGGGGCCCUGCGGGGCCUGGGGAGGCUGCAGGUCCUCACCCUGAAGGGGAACCGGCUGACGAGCCUCCCCCUGGAACUCCCCUCCUCCCUCACCCACCUGGACCUGUCGGCAAACUGCAUCUCCGACCUGGACUUUCCCUCGCUGGCCGCUCUGGUCAACCUCCAGGUCCUGAAGAUCAACAGCAACUGUCUGCGCUCAGUCCCGGAGCGCGCCUUCGACCGCAUGCCUCUCCUCCGCUCCAUGGAGCUGGCCGACAACCUGUGGGUGUGUGAGUGUGACAUCCUGUACCUUUAUCGAUGGCUGCUGGGGGGCGGGCUGAAGAUGGCCACCGACAUGGUGUGUGUGGAGCCGCAGCACCUGGCUCAUCGCCUGCUCCUGAACCUCUCGGUCACGGCCAUCUGCCCCCGGGUCCUCAAAACGAACGAGAACGUCCCUAGUCUCAGCUUCACCCCGAGACCGGAGAGAAGACUGGCGAUCUCUACAGAGGAAACCACGACUCCAGAUCUGUCUAGUUCAACACAGAAAAUACUGGAUGUCACCUUGAGCACGACAGAAAGCCACGUUGGAGAAUCCGACCCGCAGCCGAAAGCUCGAAUGCUACCAGACCACCACACGUUACAAGUAAUGAGCUACGAAGACUGUUUGGCUCUGAACUCGACAACGGAAGUAAACCCACCUCCCCAAAUCAUCAAGCCCACACCGUCUCUGCCCGUCGAGGAGCCGAGAUGUUUGGACAAUUCAACGGGACGAUACCUUCCAAAUAGCUCAACCUCCGUAGAGGCCGUGCCCCCGGGCAGGACAGGCCCCUCGCCCACCCCCAGAACCCUCAGUCUCCAGGGCAGCCCAGCGGUGAUAGCCCUGCUGGCUGUGUUGUGCGUGCUGGUAGUUCUCCUCACACUGGCUGUGCUGCUGGUCCUGAAAACAGUUCUGCUGCACCACCAGAGGGUGGCACCACUUCAACAGUCCUGACGGGUACUUACACCUUUCACCUGUUUCUGCUGGUCGUGAAAUCAAGUGUACAAGUGCAGCAACUAACUGUUGGU